AAAAACGACGAAAGAACGUUGAAAGUACCACCUAAAAAAACGUCUAAAAAGCACCAGAGAAAAGAACCGGUUGAAAGAGCGACGAAAAGUGCAGUAGAACCACUAAAAAGAGCGCGCAUGAGGAGAAUGAAAUAA